AUGGUUAGUCUGCCACUGACUCCCCACCGCGUCCGUUUCACCAAGGUCGAGCACACCUUCACCACCGACGAAGCUCUGACCAAUCUUGGAUCGCUCAAAUUCUCCCAAUCCAACCGCAUGCCCGACCCCAAAGACCCUUCCAGAAUCGUCACCACAACAACUACGACAACAUUUUCCAUGGCCAAGGAGAUGGCCCGCACGGUCUGCAACAGAUUCUCUGAAGCAAGGUUUGUCGAAUCAUUGGAUGGCAAGACAGACUUCAGUUCAAGGAGUUCCGUCUGGCAAUUGACCCCUAAGGGUAUGCGUGUUCUCACUCGCUUCUGCCAGCGCAACGGCAUCCACCAACGCCAUGUCAACGAGCUUUUGGACUCGCCUCGCAACAUGAUGCAGCUCGUCAUCCUCGAACGUGUCCCUGAGAACGAUAACAUCAACAUUGAUCGCGGCACUAUUGAGGUUGUUUUCAGAAGAUUCUGUGGUGAGGAAGGCCCUAACCUCAAGAGCACUGCCACAGCCGACUCGGAGUCGAUCCAUGAUUAUGCAACUGGUCUGGUUGGAGUACACAUGAUGAGAUCCCGCAAGCAGUUUGAGAAGGAUACUCCCUACAUGUUCACCGGCAAGUCGGCCCUCGAUUGGCUGAUGGACUGCUGCAUGGUCGUAAACAGGAAAGAGGGUUGCGAUAUUGCCCAGCAGUUCAUGGUACAUCAACUAAUUGUCAACCUGACCGAAGAGCGCAACACGCCUGCUGCCUCCCGCUUCCAGCCCCUCAAAACAGCACAUUACGGUGUCACGGANAAGGGAAUGAGGAUUGCAGGCUGGGUCAGAAGUCCCAAUGGCUCUAUUAACGGCGAAGCUGUCGUUGUCAAGCUUNNCCCCCCUGGUGUUGCUCGCGACUCCAAUACCACCAGAAUGUCACAAAUCAUCCACGACCCUGCACAACGCCUGGUCUUCCGCGAGUUCUUGCAAGAAACCCAUUGCGAGGAAAAUCUCACAUUCUAUCUCGAAGUCAGAAGCUUCUUGCUGGACUACAACUCUGCCAAGCGUUCAGUUCCUGCCCCUCGUCUGGAUCUUAUUCGCGAAACUCUGGCCUCGGCGUACAGUAAGCUCAUCUCAAUAGUGUCUUGUCCUGACACGUAG